AUGGAGAAUCAAGGCAAAAUUUACUCUCAAGUUUCCUCACUGGAGUCCAGUUUCGCGUGUGUUUACUGUACCACCCCUUUCAGCCUGGGGUUCGAGAUGGUACAGCCUUCUGAUGCAAGUGAAGAAUACGACACAUCUAAUGGCUCAGAAAAAGCUUUGGAAAAAUAUUCAAACGAAGAAUCGAGAGUCACUCCAAAUGAAUUUGAAAUGCACAUGGAAGGUAUAGAUCCCAAUUCUCUCAAUGUUUUGCCCUCUAAAGAGAAAAAUUCCAAAGAAAAACCUAAUAAAUUUGACAUUUGCCUGUCAGCUUUUAAAGAAAAGUAUGGCCUCACAAGGAAUGUGCAGAUUGAUGAAGAACAGAACACUUUUAAAUGCGAAAAGUGUAAUAGAAUCUUUUUAAGGGAAAGUGGGCUUGAAGGCCAUAUGGCAAGACACUUGGAUCGAACACCUUUCAAAUGCGAGGUUUGCAAUUCGGCUUUCAGGUACAAAUACAAACUUAAAGCUCACAAGCGCGACUCUGAAAUAUGUGGGAAACAUUCAGUAACUGAAUCUCCUGACAGUUUACAGCAAAAAGCAAAACCUCAUAAGUAUGAUAUUUGCUUGUUAGCUUAUAAUGAAAAGUAUGGUGUCACAGGGGACGGGAAGAUUCGCGAAGAGCAGAAUAAUUUUAAUCGCGAAAAGCGUGAUUUGGGCCAAAGCCCUUUCACAUGUGUGGUUUGCAAUUCGACCUACAAGCAUAAACGUCACCUGACAGCUCACAUGCGCAUACAUGACGAGCAUAAUCCUUUUAAAUGUGUAGAAUGUCAUAAAAAUUGUCAAACUAAAAGUGAUCUCGCCCGCCACAUGGCAGCGCAUACCAACUAUCGGCCUCUUAAAUGCGACAUAUGCUCCUCAGCUUUCAAAACAAAAUCAACUCUACGACUUCAUAAGAAAAUACAUGAAAAAUGCAAACAUUGUAACAUAUAUCAUUCUAAGUCUGAUUUAAAAACACAAAUGACCGAGCAUCCCGAAUUCGUAAUGACCGAGGACGGUAAUUUCGAAUGCAGCGUUUGUUAUGUCACAUUCAAUCACAUUUGUCAUUUAAAGUGGCACAUGAAGAAGCACGAGGAAGACAAUAAAUGA